AUGGAGGAAUACUUCGCCAGUCUGCCUAAUCCUUUCCCUAGAGAAUUCUACGAGGCUUCUUCCAUUGAGGAGAAGGCAACCGAAGCUCUCUGGUGGAACUCAGUGCGGCACCUUGAUAACACCAACAACGAAGUUCUUAUCCCCGACAACGUUGUGCCCCGGAUCGGUCAAAAUGGGUUCAAAGAAAUCUUAAGCCGGCUAUCGAAACUCCUAGAUUGCUCGAUCGAUGUGAUCUAUGAUGACACUGUCAGUGCCUGGCGCAUGAUGCCACGUCAACCACCUCGCUUUAUGCCCUUCGAUGCCGGUAUUCAUCAGCUAAUUCGAAGAGAACUUGAACUGGCUGUUAUGAGUGGUGUGAAAAUUCCUGAAUCUCCUCGUCGAAUUCCGCGUCCCAGAAAUCAGUUCAUUAUCUACCGUCAACACCAUCACCAUGAAGUCACUGCUCAAAACCCUGGAGUUCAGAACACUGAAAUUUGUAAAAUGUGGCGUAAUGAGCAACCAGCUGUUCGAGAGACAUUCAAGAGACUUGCCCUUGAAGAGAAGCAAAAGCACGCUGCUGAACACCCUAAUUAUCAGUACACUCCUCGUCGCCCUGCUGAAGUUCCGCGUCGAAAGGGCAAGAUCCAUGCCAACUACCUUCAGUUCCUGAACAAUGUUCAUGGUGGCCCGCAGCGUUUGCAAGAGGCUAUGAACGAAACCGAUGGCUUUGUUGAAGUUGAUAACGACUUGGUUGAUCUACUUGCAAUGGCCGAUGUUCUCUAUGGUCCGAAUGGUGUUGCUCCAAUCCCUGGUCCCAUUGACGAUGAUGAAUUCCAACGCAUUGUCAAUAUGCAGCUUGAACGUCAAGCGAUCGAGACCCUCAACUUUGUUCCUUUAGCCGGAGAUGAAUUUGACACUGACUUCAAUAUGGAUGAGCUGCUCAAUCUGUGA